UAGGCCUCUGUCUAUCUCCCUUGUACUCACUGCCAGCCUCACCACCAUUCAUGCUGCUCCAAGAGCCUUAACAACUUCAGAACAGAUUCCAGACAGGAGGAGCUGAAAGGAUCUUCUCUCACCCCUACUUUUGGCCAGGGCCUUUUACAGCACCCGCCAAGGCCAGCAGACCUACCCUUGGAAGCAUAGAUCCAGGCGUGAGAAGUACUACCAAGCUGCUUUUGUGGCCUUCCUUAAGAAAAAAAGAAAGAUGGCCAAGGAGAAGGGCCUGAUAAGCCCCAAUGAUUUUGCCCAGCUGCAAAAGUACAUGGAAUACUCUACCAACAAGGUCAGCGAUGUCCUAAAGCUCUUUGAGGAUGGUGAAAUGGCUGAAUAUCUCCAAGGAGAUGCCAUUGGGUACGAGGGAUUCCAGCAAUUUUUGAAAAUCUAUCUGGAAGCAGAUAACAUUCCCAAUCACCUAAGCCUGGCACUGUUUCAAUCCUUCAAGAUGGGUCACUUAGAAGACACUGUGGAAAAUGAUGUGGUGUGUCUCAGUGAUGUCUCCUGCUACUUUUCCCUUCUGGAGGGUGGCCGGCCAGAAGACAAGCUAGAAUUCACCUUCAAGCUGUACGACACGGACAGAAAUGGGAUCCUGGACAGCUCAGAAGUGGACAGACUCAUCAUACAGAUGAUGCGAGUGGCUGAAUACCUGGAUUGGGACGUGUCUGAGCUGAGGCCGAUUCUUCAGGAGAUGAUGAAAGAGAUUGACUAUGACGGUAGCGGUUCUGUCUCCCUUGCCGAGUGGCUCCGGGCUGGGGCCACCACUGUGCCCCUGCUCGUGCUGCUGGGUUUGGAGAUGACUCUGAAGGACAAUGGGCAGCACCUGUGGAGACCCAAGAGGUUCCCCCGACCGGUCUACUGCAACCUGUGCGAGUCGAGCAUUGGUCUUGGCAAACAGGGGCUGAGCUGUAACCUCUGUAAGUACGUCGUUCAUGACCAGUGUGCCAUGAAGGCCUUGCCUUGUGAAGUCAGCACCUAUGCCAAGUCUCGGAAGGACAUUGGUAUCCAAUCACAUGUGUGGGUGAGAGGAGGCUGUGAGUCUGGCCGAUGCGACCGCUGUCAGAAGAAGAUCCGCAUUUACCACAGUCUAGUCGGACUGCAUUGUGUGUGGUGCCACCUAGAGAUUCAUGAUGACUGCCUGCAAGCCAUGGGUCAUGAGUGUGACUGUGGGCUGCUCCGGGAUCACAUCCUGCCUCCAUCUUCCAUCUAUCCCAGUGUCCUGGCCUCUGGACAGGAGCGUAAAGUUAGCAAAACAAGCCAGAAGACCAUGGAUGACUUAAAUCUGAGCACCUUUGAGGCUCUGCGGAUUGACCCUGUUUCUAACACCCACCCACUUCUGGUCUUUGUCAACCCUAAGAGUGGCGGGAAGCAGGGGGAGAGGGUGCUUUGGAAAUUCCAGUAUCUACUAAAUCCUCGACAGGUAUUCAACCUCCUAAAGGAUGGUCCUGAGGCAGGGCUCAGAUUCUUCAGGGAUGUUCCUGGUUGUCGGAUUUUGGUGUGUGGUGGAGAUGGCACAGUAGGCUGGAUUCUGGAGACCAUAGACAAAGCCAACUUGCCUGUUGUACCUCCUGUUGCUGUGUUGCCCCUGGGCACUGGAAAUGAUCUGGCUCGGUGCCUAAGAUGGGGAGGAGGAUAUGAGGGACAGAAUUUGGGGAAGAUCCUCAAGGAUUUAGAGAUGAGUAAGGUGGUACAUAUGGAUCGAUGGUCCGUGGAGGUGAUACCUCAACAAACUGAAGAAAAGAGUGACCCAGUCCCCUUUCAAAUCAUCAAUAACUACUUCUCCAUUGGUGUGGAUGCCUCUAUUGCUCACCGAUUCCACAUCAUGCGAGAGAAAUAUCCUGAGAAGUUCAACAGCAGAAUGAAGAACAAGCUAUGGUACUUCGAAUUCGCUACUUCUGAAUCCAUCUUCUCAACAUGCAAAAAGCUGGAGGAGUCUUUGACAGUUGAGAUCUGUGGGAAACCACUGGAUCUGAGCAACCUGUCACUAGAAGGCAUCGCAGUGCUGAACAUCCCUAGCAUGCAUGGUGGUUCCAACCUCUGGGGUGAUACCAAGAGACCUCAUGGAGAUACCCAUGGGAUCAACCAGGCCUUAGGCGCUACGGCUAAAGUCAUCACUGACCCGGAUAUCCUGAAAACCUGUGUACCAGACCUAAGCGACAAGCGGCUGGAAGUAGUAGGGCUGGAGGGUGCAAUUGAGAUGGGCCAGAUUUAUACCAAGCUCAAGAACGCUGGACAUCGGCUAGCCAAGUGCUCUGAAAUCACCUUCCACACCACAAAAACCCUCCCCAUGCAAAUUGAUGGAGAACCCUGGAUGCAGACACCCUGUACACUCCAGUCCAAAGGGAACGAGGUCCUGCCUCUGAACAUGCCCCCUUCCCUUCCAGAUCAAGAUCACCCACAAGAACCAGAUGCCCAUGCUUGUGGGCCCACCCCCUCGUUCCUCCAAUUUCUUUGGCUUCUUAUGCUGAGGGGGACACCUCAGCCUCCAAGCCAGCCUUGAACCCACCUCUUCAUCCCUGGACUCUACUCCUAGGCUCUGUACAUUGCUGCCACACUCUCCUGCCAGCUCAUGGGAGUGUUCCUCUACCCUCACAGUAUUUAUUAUCCUGCACCACCUCUACUAUUUCCCAUGCACACGUGCGUGCGUGCACACACACACACACACACACACACACACACACACACAUUGAAAGUGCCUCAUCUGAAUAAAAUGACUUUUUUCCCCCC